AUGGGCAGCUACAACGCGUUCCUGGCGACCACGCUGCCACCGGAGCACCGCAUCUACGACCCGGACGCGGAGUCGCUGUACGGCCCGUCCAUGGGUGUCUUCAAGUUCCGGCACUGGGGCUACAUGGAGGGCCCGUUCAAUGGCCACCCUCCGCACGGCCGCCGCGUCGAGUUCUUUGGCGUCCGUGUCUUCCAUGUCGAUGAAGACACCAAGGUGGAGAAGGCAGAGUUCUUCUACGAGCGUGGCAACUUCCUCGCAAGCUUCUUGUCUGCGCCUGCUACUUCUGCUUCUGCUGCAUCGGCUUCAGGUGGCCCUGUGAUGAGAGGAGACUGA